CUGUGUAAUUUAAAUCAGCCUUACGAUUGUCAGAUGAAGCUGAAAUGUCAAAUUCACGUACAUGUUUAUAUAUUUAGUAUCACCAAAUUGUUCAGAUGUUUGUCUUAGUAAAUGACAGUUUAACAUCCCGGACGUGCAGGUGGCACCAGCACCAAAAUAUCGUCAUAACAUAGGUUACUGUAUCUUGGAUCAACAAUGGCCUUCAGCAAAGGUUAUCGCAUUUACCACAAGCUUGACCCACCCCCUUACAGUGUCAUAGUGGAGACAAGGACCAGGGAAGAAUGCCUCAUGUUCGAAUCGGGGGCUGUCGCCGUCCUGUCGGCAGCAGAGAAAGACGCCAUCAAAAACACAUACACUAAGAUUGUUGAUGCCUAUGGAAUCCUGGGCGUCCUCCGCCUAAACCUGGGUGACUCCAUGCUCCACAGUCUAGUGGUUGUAACAGGAUGCAGCUCUGUGGGGAAGGUGCAGGACUCUGAGGUUUUCAGGGUCACACAGACAGACUUUAUAUCACUGAAGAAUGAUCCUGGAGAUGAGGACCGGAUCGCUGAGGUGCGAAAGGUCCUGAACUCAGGACACUUCUACUUUGCCUGGUCUUCCACGGGAGUCAGCAUGGAUCUGAGCCUCAACGCACAUCGCAGGAUCUUAGAAGACACUACAGAUAACCGCUUCUUUUGGAACCAAUCUCUUCACCUGCACCUGAAACACUACGGGGUGAACUGUGAUGACUGGCUGUUGAGGCUGAUGUGUGGAGGUGUGGAGAUCAGGACCAUUUAUGCAGGACACAAACAAGCCAAGGCCUGCAUCUUUUCACGACUCAGCUCAGAGCGAGCCGGCACACGAUUCAACGUCCGAGGAACAAACGAUGAUGGACAGGUGGCCAACUUUGUGGAGACUGAACAGGUUAUUUUCCUGGAUGACAGAGUCUCAUCCUUCAUACAGAUCCGUGGGUCCAUUCCUCUUUUCUGGGAACAGCCAGGAAUCCAGGUUGGCUCUCAUCGCGUCAAACUCUCAAGGGGAUUUGAGGCGAAUGCUCCAGCUUUUGAAAGACACUUCACUGCACUGCGGAGGUUGUAUGGUAAACAAGUGAUCAUCAACCUGCUUGGAAGUAAGGAAGGGGAACACAUGCUCAGCAAAGCGUUUCAGAGUCACUUGAAGGCAUCUGAACAUGCAGCAGCAGUAAAGAUGGUGAACUUUGACUACCAUCAAAAUGUGAAGGGGGGCAAGGCAGACAAACUCCACAGUGUCCUCAAACCCUACCUCAACAAAUUCCUAGAAGAGUGCGGGUUCUUCUACUACUCAGGAGAGACGGGCAUCGCAAGGACUCAGGGCGGGACCAUAAGGACCAACUGCCUGGACUGUUUGGACAGAACCAACAGUGUCCAGGCCUUCUUUGCCCUCGAGAUGCUGCCAAAGCAGCUGGAGGAAAUGGGUCUGACAGAGAAACCGCAGUUGGUGGCCAGGUUCCAGGAGGUUUUUAGGACUAUGUGGUCUGUCAACGGAGACUCCAUCAGUAAGAUCUACGCGGGCACCGGCGCCCUGGAUGGCAAGGCAAAGGCGGGAAAGCUAAAAGACGGAGCACGUUCUGUGACGAGGACCAUCCAGAACAAUUUCUUCGACAGUUCUAAGCAGGAAGCCAUCGACAUCCUGAGGCUGGGCUCCACACUCAACAGUGAUCUGGCGGACAAAGCUCGGGCCUUGCUCACCACUUCCAGUCUUUACGUCACUGAGCCCGUCUUACAAUCAGCCUCACCCAGAGUAUUGCUGGGAAUGUGUCAGAACUUCCAUAAAUACACGCGACCCAAGCAGAUCCGAGUGUGUGUCGGCACCUGGAAUGUCAACGGAGGUAAACAGUUUCGCAGCAUUGCCUUCCGCAACCAGACGCUCAACGAUUGGCUGUUGGAUGCUCCAAAGAAGGCGGGACAUCCUGAGUUCCAGGACAACAAAGCCAACCCCAUAGAUAUCUUUGCCAUUGGUUUUGAGGAAAUGGUUGAACUGAAUGCUGGGAACAUUGUCAGUGCCAGCACCACUAACCAGAAACUGUGGGCAGCUGAGCUACAAAAAAACAUCUCACGGGACCACAAGUAUGUGCUACUUGCUUCAGAGCAGCUGGUGGGAGUGUGUCUGUUUGUUUUCAUCCGUCCACAGCACGCGCCCUUCAUCAGGGAUGUUGCUGUAGAUACAGUAAAAACUGGAAUGGGCGGAGCUACAGGCAAUAAAGGAGGUGUGGCCAUCCGCCUGCUGUUCCACACCACCAGCAUCUGCUUCGUCUGCUCUCACUUUGCUGCUGGCCAAUCACAGGUCAAGGAGAGGAACGACGACUACAACGAGAUCACACGCAGACUCAACUUCCCCAUGGGUCGUCUGCUGUACUCACAUGACUACGUGUUCUGGUGCGGAGACUUCAACUAUCGAAUCAACCUGCCUAAUGAGGAAGUCAAAGAGCUAAUCAAACAACAGAACUGGGAUGCCUUGACAGCUGGGGACCAGUUGUUUGAACAGAAGAAUGCUGGUUCGGUAUUCCGAGGAUUUAUCGAGGGGAAGUUAGAUUUCGCUCCUACAUAUAAGUACGACCUCUUCUCGGAGGAUUACGACACCAGUGAGAAGUGCCGUACACCAGCCUGGACUGACCGCAUACUCUGGAAGAGGAGAAAGUGGAACUUUGAUCAAACAGCUGAGGAGAUGAAUGUAGUAGGGGCAACUUCUACAUCUGGGGAGAGUGAGGACGAUCCAGAACACCCCUGGAGCCCUGGGAGUCUGAAGUACUAUGGCAGGGCUGAGCUUAAGACCUCAGACCACAGGCCUGUGGUGGCAGUAAUAGACGUGGACAUCCUGGAGGUCGACCCCGAAGCUCGGCACCAGGUCUACAAAGAUGUCAUUGCCCUGCAGGGGCCUCCGGACGGUACUAUCCUGGUAUCACUGUGCACCUCUGGUCCUGAUGACUACUUUGAUGAUGCACUCAUAGACGAGCUGCUGGACAAGUUUUCUAAUUUUGGAGAAGUCAUCCUCAUCAGGUUUGUCGAGGAGAAGAUGUGGGUGACCUUUCUGGAGGGUUACUCUGCUCUGGCUGCUCUGUCUCUCAGCGCUUCCACUGUCCUUGGUAAGGUGAUUGACAUCCGUCUGAAGAGUCCCGGCUGGAUUAAGAGUCUGGAGGAGGAAAUGAGUGUGGAGAGGAUCUGCGGAAGCAUCCCCACCUCGGCCAGCUCCACCCUGCUCGCAGAAGACACAGACAUGGGCGACGAUGACUACGAUAUGGAAGGCGAUGUGGAUGAGGAGGUGGAAGAGAUUCUUCCCCAGCACCUGCAGCCUGGAGCGGGCUCCGGCCCUGGUACCUCCCCUCUCCCUUCCCCCCGUGGUAGUCCCUGUCCCUCCCCCACCCACGGAGAACCCACAGCCCCCAGCAGGCCCAGCCGCGGGGGCCAACCCUCCCGACCAUCACAAGGGCCUCCUGUUGACUUCCAGCCUGGUGCCCCUACACCUCAAGCCAUGGAGCCCAAACGCCCACCUCCCCCUCGUCCCAAUGCUCCCCCAGCAAGACCAGCACCCCCUCAACGCCCACCACCACCUUCAGGUCGUGGUCAAACAGCAGCAGGAGCUCCUGGACCUGGAGGUGUUCCUAGACCGAAUAUCCCUCCUCGAGCUGGGGUGAUCAGUAUGCCUCCUCAGUCUCGUCCACCUCCUCCGUCUCACCCUGGAGCACCCAGACCCAUCCAAGAGGUGCAUCCAGGGGCCCCACGACCCAUCCCUGACACCCACCCCGGAGCGCCACGACCUGUGCCCAGUGCCCAGGCCAAACCAACUGACCUGCCUCUGGGUCCUCCACCCUCAGGGCCGCCCGCCGCAGUGAGACCACACGUUCCAUCACCCUUGCAGCCACCCAUGCAGCCCCAGCAAGCUGCCCCUUCAGUUCAGUCCCAACUCCCACCACCAAUGCAACCCACACUUCCAGCUCCACUCCUGCCACAGCAAGCUGCAGCUCCUAAAGCAGCACCUCCUCCUGCUGCUGCUGCUCCUGCUGUUGCUGCCGCCCCCGCUGGGCCUCCACAGGGUCUAGCCUCUCCUAAACCCCCGCCACGUUCCCGCUCCUCUCAUGCUCUGCCGCCUGACGCUGCCAAGUCUGAGACAGCAGCCCCAGCCGCACAGACAAACGGACUGAAUGGAAUUCAAGGAGAAGCACAAUGGAAGCCCGACCCCUUCGAUACCCUUACGUCCGACUUCAUCUCCUCUACGUCAUCUCCCUGGCACGCUACCCAGUCCCUGACCAGAGGCUCCUCUCUGCGGACUCCCCCCUCCGUCCCCGCGUCUACGUUUUCCUCCAACACUCUCCCUUCAUCCUUCUCCCUUCAGUCCUCCGUUCGGCCAGACCCGCAGGGACUCGAUUCAUCCUCCUCCUCCUCGCUCUCCACCCCAUCCCCGUUUGCCUCCAGCCUGCUCCCGCCACCUCCGGUCCCGUCUCGAAGCCGUUCGCAGGAGACACUGCGCGCCUCCCCCAGCCCCUUCCCUAUCGACCCGCUUCCCGCCCGACCAAGCAGCACCAACCCCUUCACCGGCCCUCUUGCGCAGCAGCAUCAGCAGCACCGCCCUCUCACACCGGACUUCAGCGUCCAGGGUCCGGCCCUGAAACCUAACCUCCAGAGGACCAUGUCUGCUCUCACUCAGCCACUCAUCCCCACCCCCGCAACAACAGCAGCCCCUGCAGCUGCACCCACCGCCCAGCUCCAAAGGACCAUGUCCCUGUUCGGACCAUCACCCACUCUUAAUCCUGCACCUGCUCCUCUCCUCCCCCUCGCCCCUGACCCGGCUCCUGCCCCCGCCUUGCCUCUGGCGCCACCCUCCUCUAUCCCGCCUAUCCUCGCGCCUCGUCGCCAGCCACCUCCCCCAGGAGGGAAACCAACCCAGCAGUGGGUCACUUUUGAUGACGCAUUGGAUUUCCAACCUCCGACCAAAACACCGCAAGCCCCCGUCUUCCCCUCCAGUUCUCUAGUGUCCCAAACUCAGACUCAGCCUUCCCGCUCUGGGUUUGGCUCAGAGCCCGACUGGUUAUCCUCGGUCCCAUCAGUAUUCCCAACCCUCCCUCCUCCCAUCCCGACUAGAACUGCAACCAGUAACCCAAAGCUCCCAGAAGGACCCAGUGAUGGCUGCUUCUUCCCCAGGGAGUCAACAGAAAGAUAGGAUCACCCUGAAUAUGUAAAGGGUAUAUCCAGAUAUGUAUAGAUCUAUGAUAAAUGUGUAUAUGUGCGUGUGUGUGUGUGUAUGUACAAAAGAGACAGUAUUUAAAAAGUAUAGACCAAUCCCCUUCUGAAUCACAGGAAAAAGGAUUUAUAUCUUGAAGCAUUAACAAGAGAAGUGGAUGAGCCUAAACGUGUGUUCUAACUUUACGACGGAGAUGUUUGCCUGUUCCCUGAUAUUAACAUUUAUUUUAAUAUGAAUCGUUCUGAUGUUUAUUUUUAUUUAUGGCAGCAAACAUGUGCCUGUGUCUACAGUAUAUAGUUAUAUAAAGUAUAUCUAUUCGCACAAAUCAUGUGUGUAACCACUUGUGCAAUAUCAAAAACACGUCUGCGCGGGCCGUGCAGCUCUCUGCAUUCGCCUGCGAGGUUUCACCUAAAUCAGUGUCGUCUUCGCAUCUGCCACACACUGCGGUUCAUAUCCAUCAUUUCGACUGAUCUGUACGUCAGAGCGGGAUUCUCAGAGUAGACGUUAAUCUAUUUUUUUUUUGGUUUACAUGUAGUAGAAGGCUAUGCACUGUGGAUUUUACAUUUGCCCCCAAAUUUGCUGUUGUCUGCAGCAAGUUUUUUUUUCUCUGUUCUGUUUUGUGUCUGAGGGGGUGCAAAUUUAAAAGUAAUAUUGUGCGCUUGCUUUUAUUAUUGAAUGUACUUUAUGUUGCACUGGGUUUUGUCAUUGCCUCAUUGCUGACGCCACAGAGUGAACAACAACAACAACAGCAACAACGAGUCAGUGUCACAGUCAGGCAACACGUUAACUGCCGCAGGACUGAUGUCGUGUAAUAUCAUCUCAUCCACUUGAUAGUAAGACACUUUGUUCUCUCUUUAUUCAGUCCUCAUUCCUUGUCUACGGGCUGUUGCGCUUAGCUGGAUAUAUUUUGUAGCUCUAUAUCAAAACCUAUACAUAGCAAUUAUGUAUAAAUGUAUGUUUUCAAUAUGGAAACUACUUGCUAAAUGUGCGUAUGUGUGUUUGUGAUGACCGUAUCAGUGGUUUGCACAAUGUAACUGAUAUGCACUGAAAUGCUGUGUGUGCUCUCUGGGUUGUGUUCUCGAUCAUAGCAGAGUGACAAAAUUGAGAGUCUGCGGAUUGAACAGAUGAGAAGGAUUUUUUUUUUUUUUUGAUCUUUCCACCUCUGUAGUGUUUUGAUCCUUCUUGAUUUAUCCAAAGCAUCAAGCCACACUAUUGUAAAUUCAGAGAAUGUGGUGUGCGUGCAUGUAUAUACUUCUGUUACUCUCCAAGUAUGAAGAUGAUGUGAUUUGGGUCAGUGGACAUGUCAGCCAGCACAUGACAUGCAUUAUAAAAAGGGCACUUUUUUUUUUUUUACUCAAACUUUUAUUGAUCGCAAAAGUCAUGCUUUUUGAUUUCUAAGGACGUUUACUCUAAAAUCUAUCGUUGAUACUGUGGUGAGAAGUAACGUGUUGUGUUUGAGGUGCAUAAAUUGUCUGUUGUUGUAUUUCACGGUAUUUGUGUUUGGAUGUGGGUGUGUAUACAGAGUUGGCAGUGGAAUAUACCAUUGAGUGAUCUUUACCAGAGCUUUUUUCUCUUAGGAAGUCUUCUCUUUUACGUACACACGGUGCAUUUGCUUACCGGUUCUGAAGUAACAGCCACUGAAUUCACUCACACGUAGCUGUAACUGUGUGUUUCUGCUCUCCAGCCCGCCAAAAGCUGUGGAGUGGCAUCACUGUAUGCGAAAUACAUUAACAAUACAAGGACUUUUUUCUUCCCCAAGACACUCAACACCACCUGAGUGAGAAUGUCCUUGUUGCAACACUAAUAGAAGAUCAUUCACCACUUUUGCUGAAAAUAGAACAAACCGCCCUUACUGCUCGGCCCCAAAUGCAUCACCGGAUAAACAUUUCCAGCUGUUUGUUUGUAUCUCUACCAGGCGCACCGUGGCCCAUAUUCCAGACGGAUUAGUGCGAUUUGUCUCACCCACAGAUUGAAUCGUCAAGUGUUGGGUGUCAAACCUUUCUCAGCGUUUGCAGACCCCACUUGUGAUAUCUAACCCACCAUAGCCGUUUUCUCCAGUUGAGAGUCAGCCUCACUGAUUUCAUAACCAUUCAUGAGGUGUAUGUGUGUGUGUGUGGUGAUGUCAGAUGUCAGUAUUUUUCCUGUACUACCUACUUCAUUCUUUCACUGCUGUUCAGUUUUUUUUUCUUUUUAGGUCAGCAUCAAUGUUGACACUGACGACGAGCAAUAGUUUUGCAAAUACAGUCCUCGCUAAAGAUUCAGAAAUUAUGUAACAGCCUGAAAUGUCAAGUCUUACAAGCAUUUGGAUGGUUCACGGAGAAUAUAACGUCAGACACAUGAAAGUACCAGCUAACUAACGCUUCUGCGCUUUGUUUAAACACUGUGUAGAAUAGAAAAUAAUCUUCAUUCACUGCACUAAAAGCAGAAGCUAUGUAAGCAAGUGUAUCGGGUUUGCCUUCGCUUACAUGUCGAUGUCAUCUCUAAAAUGCAUUUAAUGUGUUAUCCAGAUGUGUGCAGUAGAUGCUGUAUCUGCAUUACCAGUAGGUGACUAGCCAGCGCUUUGUGUCAUGUCAUGUUCAAGACAAGAUUUUAUAGGAAACAAAGUGGCUCCUUUUGUGAGGUUGGUGUCCCUUUUUAAUGACUAUAAUCCAUAGUAAGUAAGAGUCUGUGUCGUUGAACAUAUUCUGUAUGUAUUAAAGUGAAAACAUGAAGCGGCGAUUCAUGUUAAUAUCCAACGUUCCAUAUUUUAAGUGCACAGCUGAUUGCACAUUUAUGUAUGAAGCAGUUUAUGUUGUAUGUAUGCAAAAAUAAAUGUAAGUUGAACUGAA